AUGGCAGCCACCGAGUCAUCCGCGCCCACCAAUGGCAACUACGCGCAGGGCUACGACGCCUACGCCUCCUCCCAGCAACAGUCCGCCGGCCAGCCCGCACAACAAGCGCCUGCGUCGGAGAUCCCCAAGGACGAGGUUGGCUGGUACUUUGUCGAGCAGUACUACACCACUCUGAGCAAGAGCCCAGAUCGUCUCUACCUCUUCUACAACAAGCGCUCGCAGUACGUUUCCGGUGUUGAGGAGGAGAAGGUCAAUGUCUGCGUUGGCCAGAAGGCAAGUCGACCCAUUAACGAGCGCAUCAAGGAGCUUGAAUUCAAGGACACCAAAGUCCGCGUCACCAACGUCGACUCCCAGGGCUCCGACGCCAACAUCGUUAUCCAAGUCAUCGGAGAGAUCUCCAACCAAGGCCAGCCCCACAAGCGAUUCGUCCAGACUUUUGUCCUCGCCGAGCAGACCAACGGUUACUUCGUCCUGAACGACAUCUUCCGCUAUCUUGCCGAAGAGCCCGAGGAGGACGACGAGGCCCAGCAGGAGCCCGCUGCGAACGGCAUUGAGGAGCCCGUUCCUACCGCUGUGGUUCCCGAGGAUGAGUCUGCUGCGCAGAGCGAGCAAGUUGCGAGCAGCGAGGAGGAUCUGACCAAGGUCGACCAGAAGCUCGAGGAAGUUGCAAAGGAGGAGCCUUCCACUGAGGAGAUCACUGCUACUGGCCCUACUGAGGAAGCCGCCGAGGCCGAGAAGGCUCCCGAGGUUGAGGAGGCUCCGGCUGCUGUCGCCGAGGAGGCCCCCAAGGAGGCCGAAGCUCCCGCUGAGCAGGCUAUCGAGGAGGAUAAGCCCAAGGAACCCUCUCCAACUCCCGCCCCUGCUGCCAAGCGUGCUGCCCCCGUCUCCAUGCCCUCCGGCCCCCCUAAGCCCGCCGCUCCUCGCACGUGGGCCAGCCUCGCAGCCUCUGCCCACAAGGUUGCUACUCCCGUAGUGGCUGCACCCGCUGCCCAGCAGGUCCCCAAGGAGGCCAAGGCUGCCACCCCCGCUCAGUCCACUGCUGCUGCUCCUGCUCAGACAUCCGCUCCCGCUCGUGAGCAGUCCCCCGCCGCAAGCCAGGGUGAGACCGCUGGCUGGCAAUCGGUCACUGCGCACAAGAAGGAGCAGUCCCGCGUCCAGAACCAGGCGCCGGCUGCCGACGCCGAUCAGAAGCGCGCCUACAUCAAGAAUGUCUACAGCCAGGUCCAGGAAGGUUCCUUGAGGGCCGCUCUUUCCAAGUUCGGCGAGAUCGAGUACCUCGACCUCAACCGGGGCAAGAACUGCGCUUUCGUCGACUUCAAAACCCCCGCCGGGUACCAGGCUGCUGUUGCCGCGAACCCUCACACUGUCGACGGUGCUGAGCUCAAGGUCGAGGAGCGCCGCACACGCCCUCAGCAGUACCCUGCCUUCCCCCGUGGUGGUGGUUCUCAACGCGGCCGUGGAGGGCCUGGUGGCCCUCGCGGCGGCUUCGUUCCUCGUGGCCGCGGCGGUGCCCCUCGCGGCCGUGGUGCCCCUCAGGAGUCUUGA